AAAUACUUCUAUUUCAAGUAGUAAUGUUACAAAAUUAACGUCAGAAGAAAAAGCUACAGAGUCAACUUCUAGUAGAAAAUUUAAAGCGUCAGGAUUAAAGAAUAAAAAUAAUGAGCAGCCACCAAAUGUGACAUUAGUAGCUACAGAUUUUUACUUAGUAGAUAAUGGAACUGUUGGUGUCGCAGAAAUUGCUUUUGAAAAAGAAAAUUAUGUAAAAGAUUUAGUAGAUGGUUUUGAUCAAUUAAAUAAACUAGGUGCAAAAAAGCUUAUUUUAGAUAUGUCAAAUAAUCUUGGUGGAAGUGUUAGUGUAGUAAUAUUCAUAAUUUCAUUACUAUUUCGUUCACAACAACAACUAAACACUUUUCCAACAAGCAUAAAUAUCAAUAAUUUUACAAUUCCAGUAAUAGAAAAGAAUUUUAAGAAUCAUUCUAAUGAUUAUGAUUUUUAUAAUCCAUAUUCUUAUUUGUCAUUUCCUUCUGGAAAACCCUUUAAGAAUGCUAGUGAUUUUAUCGGACUUCGAAAAAAUCUAACUUCUAGCUUGCAACUUGAUGUUUUAACACCUGAAGAAAAGAAAUUACUCAGAAAAACAUCCCCUUUUCCAUGGACCAGUGAAGAUAUCAUCAUCUUAACUAAUGGAAUUUGUGCAUCAGCAUGUGCAUUAAUAACUUUAUUUCUUUCUGAAAUUCAUAAUGUAAAAACAAUUUCCGUUGGUGGUCUUCUUGACAUUCCGAUGUCAUUUUCCACUUUUCCUGGUGGCCUUGUUACAUCUGAAGAUAAUAUUGCAGAUUCAGCUGGUGAUACAAAUGUUACUUCUAUUCCGAAUAGUAACUCACUUCUUCUUACCAUUAGAAAAGCUUACGAUUUUGACAAAAAGAGCAAUGAAAUAACAGGUGUAUUAGAAUAUUUGUUUAAACCUGCUGAUUAUAGAUUUUACUAUAAUGAGAGUAAUGCUAGGGAUUCUAGUUUCUUAUGGGUUGAUGCUGCUAAUAUUUUAAAUAAAAAAAAAUUAGUCUUUUACUAA